AUGCCUGUCCUUAACCUCUCUGAGCUGAACAUUGUUCUCGGCGUCUUGGGCGCUUUCAUGAUCCUUUAUGGCAUCAUCUCUGUCAAGAUCAAGCAGGCUUGGUAUCUUGGCGAGGCACUCCCCGCCGUCUUCUUUGGAGUCAUUCUCGGACCUAUAGCAGCAAAGUUCAUCGAGAGCGAGAAAUGGGGCUCCGCUGAGCCGGGACAGACCAGCGCCAUCACCCUGGGCAUCGCUCGAGUAAUGAUUGGAGUACAGCUCGUGAUCGCAGGCUAUCAACUCCCUGCCAAAUAUGGACUCACACGAUGGAAAGAGAUGGCUCUCUGCCUGCUCCCCAUCAUGACCGUCAUGUGGCUUUGUACAACAGCCUGUAUUAUGGUCACCAUCCCCAACUUGACCCUCCUUGCCGCCCUCGUCAUCGGCUCCUGUGUCACCUGCACCGAUCCCAUUCUAUCGCAGGCCAUUGCAAAGGGACCCUUUGCCGAUAAAUAUGUGGCUCGCCCAUUGCGAGAAGUCAUCUCCGCCGAGGCUGGUGCUAAUGAUGGCUUUGGCUUUCCCUUCCUUAUGCUCGCGACAUACUUGAUCCAGCACGCCGAGAACCCUCCUGCUGCAGCUAAAGCUGUCGCCGAAGGGGUGAGUGGAGGUGAGGCGGGGCAUGCGUUGAUGGCGCGCGCUGGUGAGGUUGGGCGUCUCGGUGGCGGCGUAGGAGUGGCCAUGGCGAACUGGUUUGUUGAGACCUGGCUGUAUACCAUUGUAUUGUCUAUCGCAUAUGGUGCUGUCCUUGGGUACGGAUCUUGCAAGGGUGUCAAAUUUGCACUCAAGUCUAAAUGGAUCGACGAAGAAUCUUAUGUUCUUUUCCCGACCGCCCUUGGUCUUUUCACUGUUGGAACCUGUGGAGCCCUUGGUACUGAUGACCUCUUGGCCUGCUUCGUUACAGGUAUGGCUUUGAAUUGGGACGGCAACUAUCUUCGCGAGACUGAACGUCGUCACGAUGAAGUCAACUCAUGUGUCGAUGUACUACUCAACUUUGGGGGAUUCAUGUACAUUGGUGCUAUUCUACCUUGGGGGGACUUCCAUGAUCCCACUGGUACUGGCAUAACCUGGGGCCGUCUUAUUGGACUUGGUCUCCUCAUCCUUGUCUUCCGCCGUCUGCCUGCCAUUUUCGCCUUCUACAAGCUCAUGCCCGACGUCUGCACCAACUGGAAGGAAGCUCUAUUCAUGGGAUACUUCGGGCCCAUCGGUGCUGGCGCUGUCUUCUACGUUGAGCAUGCUAGACAUCUGUUUCCCCACGACGGUGAAGGCGAUGAAGAGGAGACAAACCUCGUUCGUGCGAUGGGCCCUGUUGUCUACUGGCUUGUUCUCUUCUCCAUCAUCGUCCACGGGCUUUCUAUCCCAGCUCUCAAUAUCUUCUACCAUUACACUGGAAAGGCACCAAUUCGGGAUGAUGCUGUUGAACUGAGACGCAUCUCUGUGCGAGUCGCGACUCCUCCAAAUGCUAUUGCAGGAGACAAGGAUACUUUUAUUGCGUACAACCGCUUCAGUCGUCAUGUUGACCCUAGUGCAGUUCAUCUGCCAUCCAGGAAAUCUCUUGAUAAUCAUGACCUCUCGGACGAUGAGGAUCUUGGCAAGGGGCAGAAGCACGGCAUCGCGUUUGUUUAA